UUUAUAAGUUAAGUAUAAACAAAAAAGUGCGGAGUGCCCGUGCACGUGCUUACUUAAGUAGAUGCAGUAGAUGCAACAAUGUUUAUAAGUAUACUGACGGCAUUUUGUAGCUUUCAAGUAUCAACUGUUUUUAUUUUUAUGAAAAUAUUUAAAUCCUAAUAUAAAAAUGUUUAAAAACAUAGUUAUUGGUAUGUCUGGUGGAGUGGAUAGUGCAGUUGCUGCUUUUCUAUUAAAAAGUAAAGGUUUUAAUGUUCAAGCAGUUUUUAUGCAAAAUUGGGAUAUCAAAGAUGAGACAGGUGAAUGUAUAGCUGACAAAGAUUUUGCCGAUGCAGACUUGGUUUGUAAAAAAUUAAAAAUUCCUCUUAUUCGUAUUGACUUUGUAAAGGAAUAUUGGAAUGAUGUUUUCAGCUAUCUGGUAGAAAGUUAUCAAAAUGGCGUAACACCAAAUCCUGAUAUACAAUGCAAUAAAAAAAUCAAGUUCAACAAAUUUUAUUUCUUUGCUCGCAAUGAACUUAAAGCAGAUGCUAUUGCAACGGGUCAUUACGUGAGGACAAAUUUCGGUCCAUACUUGGAAAAUUAUUCAGAAAAUACGAAUGUGAAGCUUUUGAAAGGAAAGGACGUUAUUAAAGACCAAGCAUUUUUUCUGUCUCAAGUUCCUCAAGAGUCUUUAAAAAAAUGUAUGUUUCCCGUCGGAGAAUACAAUAAGACAGAUAUAAAGAGAAUAGCUAAAGAAGCACAAUUAUAUUCUGUGUUGCAUAAAAAAGAAAGCAUGGGAAUAUGUUUUAUCGGUAGUCGAAAUUUUCAGAAAUUCAUUAAAGAGUAUAUAGAAAAUAAAUCAGGACAUUUCAUCGACUUUACUAAUGGAAAGACAAUGGGUUUCCAUAAUGGUUUUCAUUAUUGGACUGUUGGACAGGGAUGUAAAAUUGGCGGUCAAACUGACCGGUUUAUGGUAUUUCACAAGAAUAUUGAAACAAAUGAUAUUUGGAUAGUUCCAGGUACUAACCAUUCGACAUUAUAUUCAGAUUCAUUUAUAGCAACUAAACCAUAUUGGAUUUCCAAGGAACCUGAUAAAUUAAAAGAAAGUAAAUCUGUACUUAAAUGUGAAUUUCGAUUUCAACAUAGAAGGCCUUUGAUAACAUGUUCUGUAUUCAAAACAAAAAAUGAGAAGUUAAUAGUCCUUUUAUCGAAACCACUUCGAGCUAUUACUCAAGGCCAGUUUGCUGUUUUCUACAUGGGAGAAGAAUGUUUAGGAAGCGCAAAGAUUUUAUAUUGUGGUCCCUCUUAUUAUUCUUUAGGAAAAACCGAUACUUGUUUAGAAGACUAAAUAAAACAGAAUCACUACAAAACUAAA